AUGAACUAAUUAAUUGUAGUGAUCAUUACUUGGUCCCAAAAAAACAAAAUUUAUAAUAUCGAAAUAGAUCCUAAAACAAUGGUUUCGGAUUUAUAAAAAGAAUUGGCUGAAAUGUUUGAAAAUAUAAUCCCAGAACAAAUUACUCUAAAUUAUGCAGGAGAAAUUCUUCAACCUAAAGAAACAUUAGAAUAAAAAAAUAUUAAAAAAGGAGCCUAAAUUGAAAUGUUAAUUUAGAGACUAGGUGGAUUCUGA